UCCUUGCGAAGAGCGACAUCGAGUCGUCUCAGAUCACGCGGGAAGAGUAUUUCCUGUGGAUAUUCCCUGCCAAAGCAGCAACGAGGACGCAACGACGGACGAUCGGACAACGCCAAGGAAAGAAUCGGGGAUGUGGAUACGAGGAGCGGGAAGAAACCCUCCGAGGUGGCUCUCCACCGGAGAGAGUGAGCGGACGCGCCUCGGAGGAGAGUGUCCCUCCUUGGAUGCUGCGGCCCUCUCUCCGUUUCCCAUCAGUAGUCGACUGCUUCUCGCGGGGUCCGUUCCUCGGGCUCGUCCGUCUCCUCGCGACCGUCUCCGCAGAUCCGAGCACGGGUACCCUUGGACAAUGGGCACGCGCCACGAGGGACUCGGAAAUAUCGAGUAAGGAUCAAACGGGAGAGAAUUGCGCCUUGUCGGUCGAGGCGACGAAAGGAACUUGACCGCAGGCCUCGACCUUGAUCGCGAUCGAAGACGGACGUCUGCUCGACGGGCGCGGGGGAAGGACGGAGUCACGGUUCGGAGGAUUCGGAGGAUUCGGGGGAUCCGGAGGAUCCGGAGAUCCCACGGGCCGCGAAAACGACUCGGGGCUUGGUACUCAAAAGCGGAGAGUCAUCGGGACUUUCACUAAUAAACAAAAAGUGCAUGGCCUGGUUUCCUGUCCUACUUUUAACCGUGGUUCUACCGAAGAUGUGCGCCACGGUUCGCGAACCGCGGGCUGCUUGGAGUCCUGAAUAAAGUCGUGAGAUUCCUGUCGGUCGGCGCGAUCGGUCGGUGGGACCGGUCGGCGCGACCGCUCGUCCUCGCGAGGAUGGACCGGAGCCCUUGCUGAGCCGACGUGCCCGAGGAUUCGGGACGAGUCUCGACGAGCGCCUCUCGAGAUGACGAUACCUCGAACGACGCUGUUCUGCCUUCUGCUGUUCCUAGUGCGAGCCGACCACGAGAGACUAAACGAUCGUUAUCUCGGCGGACCCGAGAAAUUCGAGGAAGGAAACUCCUUACGGAACGUAAUAGACUCCCCGGGCCAACUGAGAUUCUUCGAUGAGCUUGGCCUGAUUCCGCAGACCUGCAAGUACAGAGGAACCAAGUUCGAGUGCGGUCUCAGCAUCAGCUGCGUCCUCGGCGGUGGUCGGCCCGUCGACCUGUGCUCCGGGGGACUCAUCUGGAGCUGCUGCGUCGACGACGACGACCUACCCGACAAAGUUCCUCGGCCGAGUGUGGGCCUCCUUCAGAACGCCACCUUCGCGUUAAACUUGGCGAAUCAACGUCCGUACGUGGACGAGGAUGUGCCGAUUUACACGAGUUUGUCUCGGCCAAAGCCGACAUACGGCCAGAACGGCCAUCGGCCCUCCUACACCUACCCGGGCGAUUCCAGCAAACCUCUAGGAGGACACGAGCCGACGUAUUCCGCGUGGAAUCAGGAUCAUCCGACCGAUUCCUCCCACGACCGGCCCUUUACGAGCAGGCCGGAAGUGCCCUAUAUUCCCGGCGGCUAUCCGCAGGAAGGCUUCGACGACGGUUACCAACUAAAUGCCGGGACCCACGGUCCGCCCGACGACUACUCGAACUCGGUGGAUCCCUCGAAAUAUCGCGGCUGCGGGGAGUUGUACACGAGGAGCAACAGAAUCGUGGGAGGACACAGUUCCAGUUUCGGCAGCCACCCAUGGCAGGCCGCUAUCAUCAAGUCGGGCUUUCUGGCAAAGAAGCUUUCUUGCGGAGGUGCCUUGCUCAACAAUCGCUGGGUCGUAACGGCGGCGCACUGCGUGGCCACAACCCCCAACAGCAACCUGAAGGUCAGGUUAGGCGAGUGGGAUGUAAGAGAUGCCUCCGAGCGGCUACUGCACGAGGAGUACAACAUAGAGCGCAAGGAGGUACAUCCGCAAUAUUCCCCGACGGAUUUCCGAAAUGACGUGGCUUUGAUAAAGCUCUCGAGGUCGGUGUCUUUUAAGCAGCACAUCGUUCCAGUUUGCUUGCCCGCCAGGAACCUCAAGCUUUCCGGGAGAACGGCUACCGUUGCCGGUUGGGGAAGAACCCGUCAUGGUCAGAGCUCUGCGCCUUCCGUUCUUCAGGAAGUCGACGUCGAGGUCAUUCCUAAUGAGAGGUGCCAAAGGUGGUUCAGAGCAGCAGGACGAAGAGAAACCAUUCACGACGUAUUUCUUUGUGCCGGUUAUAAAGAAGGAGGACGCGAUUCCUGUCAGGGUGACUCCGGAGGCCCUUUGACGAUGUCGGUGGAAGGAAGACACGUAUUGAUUGGUCUGGUCUCUUGGGGUAUUGGCUGUGGCAGAGAACAUUUGCCAGGAGUCUAUACAAACAUUCAGAAAUUUGUGCCUUGGAUCGACAAGGUCAUGAGUUGAGUGACAAUUAGCAGCAACCUCCUUUUCACGUACGGUGAACCGACAGAACCGAUUGUUGACUGACACGAUGUACGCUUAGUAGUUUUCUGUCCAAACCCGUAGCGCAGAUUAAUCUCAGGUCCGGAGUUGACGAGAAAUUGAGCAGAACUCUUCAUACGAAAUAUGACAGACGUAUUGGUGAGAAUUUAAUUAUCAAUUGCCUCCCUAAGGCAAUCCCUUUGGCAUCCCCAAAGUAUCGAGUCUACUCCAGACAAUUGAUAAAAUGAGGAUUCACUUUCAACUAGCGAACAUUUUUUUUUAAUACUUUUAGGGUCGUACUGUUAGGUCAAUGAAAAAAAGAACGGGUACAAUUUUCAAGAAGGUUCCUGUACCAUUUGAAAUGAAAUGAUUGCACUUUUCUAUGUUAGAGUAAAUAAGAAUGAAAAAUGAUGUUAAUGUACGGAUAUUGUCUGCAUGAAGAUUUCUAUUAUUGCGGCAGCACCCUUUGCAGAAUGCCUCGAUUUAUCUUCAGUUGUACAUAUGCAUUACGAAUCAAUUACGGCAUUUUAUUCUUGAGGCAUAUCUUUACUCAAGGAUAGUAAUCUUUUUCCGAUAUGUUAUGACACUGUCAGUACAUUCAUAUCCAGUAAAUAUUGGAAAAAAAAAUUGUGUAAUGCACCGCUGUACAUAAAAAAUACUCUACCGGUGAUUAUUUUUAGUAGCGGGAAAUCGUAAUAUUAAUUAUAAUAUAUUAAUGUUGCACUGUCAGUCUCUCGUAUGAAUGUAUUAAUUAAUAACGAUUUUAGACAGUUCGAAGUAACCUACGUGUUCUGUUUAAGUAAAUAUGCGAGAUUUCAUUUCCUCCGUUUAAAUGAUGACGUAUCGGUUUUACUAAAGUAUUGUAUAAUGUAUAGUAGUUAUAAAGAGCUAGUAGAUACGUUUACGUUUCCGAUAUGUGAGGAAAGAAGAAGAAUAGCAACCUCUUACAUCACAAGAGUAGAGGUUUCCUUGAGAGAGGGAUUAUUUGUGAUGGUUUAAGGGCUUUUCGACGCUAUGUUUCGACCGUUUAUCGUUUGGACUCGAUGUAUAUUCUUAAUGACAAUUAUCUAAGCAUCCAAUGGGUGUUACCGAUCGAGGCACUAUCUAGGACUUUCUAAAAAGAAAUAUGCCAAUACUUGAAAA